AUGCAGGAGAAGAAGGAGAUCAUCCCUUUCCGCCACUUCAACCACUGCGUUGGACGCAAGGCCCAAGCGAAGACCUUCGGCGUUGUCAAAGGACGUUGGCCUGUGAAAUCCUGCGAAUUCAUCUUGCAGCUGUUGAGAAAUGCGGAAAGCAAUGCUGACUACAAAGGCCUGGACACCGAUGUAGGUCAUAUCGGGAUGCUUUGGACUGCGAUGCAAGUCGUCAAUGAUGCGCAGAGCGGCUUCUUGGUGAAGUCUCUAUUGGUCCAGCCACCAUCGACU